CCCACAAUGGCCAUUUCGUUUUAUCUGGCGAGUCAGUAAAUAUUCGUGAGAUUUACAACACGCGCUGGAAAAUAUUGGCUUUCGGCACAACGCCGGACAGUUCUACGUUGGCUGACUUGGGUGCCGACAUACAUAGUGUAAAUACGCGGCACGCUUUGUUCGCUUUGCACAAAUUCCGGUGCAUUGUACGCGGGCUUAGGACGAAAAACUCCGCAACUGAUAUCGAAGUGCAGCGGGCUUUGUGAAGGGUGUACGCGGAUUUUUUUUUCCAUUUUCGUAUUGAAAAGCUAUUGUUUUCGGUUCGGUUCAUUGUGUCAAAUAUGUAGACGAAAAGUGCAUAAAAAACGAAAAAAAAAAGAAUUGGAACAAAACCGUACUCGCUCCAAGCUACUGUAGCGAGCUCCCCAAAAUAAAAAGUCACAACGACAGCAGCGCAGUGACGUGUCACAACAAAGAGUGCCGCCUAAGACUGAAAAAAAGCAAUAAAACGAUUUCAAUGAAAUAAAGUCGAUAUUGCAACAAUAACUGAAGAAUUAUUGUUAUUGCAAUUGAGUACAUCCGCCGCCGUGUACGUUGUUUACAUUAGGGUGCUUUGGUAGUAAAGAGUACACUUAACCGUCACCCGCGGUCGACGCUGCCGCCGUUCAGCUCUAAUGAACUAACUGAAAAUCGCCUACUCAAAUACUCGUCCUGUCUAUUUGUGUUUGAUUAUUAAACUUUUUGUUUUAUUUUUGCUUUUUAUUGUUGAAAUUUGUUGUUGCUCGCCGUCACGCUUUGCCUGCCAUUGUCUUCGGUGCCAUUUUGCCGCGUAUUCCGCGCAGACAGUAAGACGCCAUUAAAAAGCGUCAGUGUUGUUGCUUUUAUUUGCUGAAUUUCAUUUUAACCGUCGCACGCUGUCGCUGUUGCCGUUGUCGUCGCCAUGUUGGUACCGCCGGAUAUGUUAGCGGCGCAAACGCGCAUGAUCUAUCAAAUGAAUCGCUUUUGUGCGGAGCGUGUUCAAGCGCGUAUGUUUAAAACGGCCACAGCAAUCAGAGAAAUCUGCAAAAUCGUACAGGAUAUUUUAAAGGAGGUCGAGCUGCAGGAGCCACGUUUCAUCUCCAGUUUGGUGGAGUGUAACGGCAGAUUCGAGGGCGUUCAGGUGAUUUCUCCAAAUGAAUUCGAAAUCGUCUUGUAUCUCAAUCAAAUGGGAGUCUUCAAUUUCGUCGAUGAUGGGACAAUGCCCGGUUGUGCAGUGCUGAAACUGAGCGACGGUCGCAAGCGUUCCAUGUCGCUGUGGGUGGAGUUCAUCACCGCAUCGGGUUAUCUCUCUUCCCGCAAGAUACGCUCACGUUUCCAAACACUGGUGGCACAGGCGUGUGAUAAGAGUAUUUAUCGUGAUAUGGUGAAAGUGAUUGGCGACACGACGGAGGUGAAGUUGCGUGUACGUGAGCGUUUCAUCGUACAAAUAACGCCCGCAUUCAAGUGCUCCGGUAUUUGGCCACGCUCGGCUGCCCAUUGGCCGCUACCACACAUCCCCUGGCCACAUCCGAAUAUUGUUGCUGAGGUUAAAACAGAGGGUUUCGAUUUGCUGUCCAAGGAAUCCAUUGUCAUGCAGAAUAAGAAUAAUAAUGCAGCCAUGGAAGGUGAUGCGUGGGUGUUGAGCUUUUUCGAAGCGGAAAAUCGUCUGCUGCAGGGCUUCUGUCGUCGUCGCUGCUUAAGCAUACUGAAGACAUUGCGUGAUCGUCACCUUGAUCUGCCUGGCAAUCCCAUCACCGCUUACCAUCUGAAAAAUCUACUACUCUAUGAAUGUGAAAAGCAUCCGCGCGACUUUGAAUGGGACGAACCGUGUAUUGCUGAUCGCAUCAAUGGUAUCUUUCUACAGUUGAUCUCAUGUCUACAAUAUCGACGAUGUCCACACUAUUUCCUACCAACGCUGGACAUGUUCAAAGGCAAAUCGCCCAGUUCAUUGGAGCAGGCAGCCAAGCAGGUUUGGCGUUUGACGCGCGAAAUGUUAACCAAUGCGAAUGCAUUUGAGAAGCUCUAAGUGGGGCUUAUCUAUGCGUAGAGUAGAUAAAUAUAUACGUUAUUAAUAUAUGAA